GAAUAGAAACAUCCAGUCCUUAUUUGAGCCCGUCUCUGUAACGUCGUCAGUAAAAGCAGCCUAUUAACGAGCUGUGAGUCAGGAACAGUGCAGCUCUGCUUCCCCCCAGGCUGGCAGCCGGAGAGGAACUUGGAACAGAGUAGAAGAGCAGAGCAGACAAAGGAACACACACCGGACAGCUCGGCAUAGAGAGAGAGAGAGAGGGAGGAGGACGAGGAGGACAUGUAGUCAGGCUGCAGCCGAGGCAGCAUCAAGGCAGCGACUCCAGUCUCCAGGAUGCAGCAGAACUGAUGAUCAGAGGCACCAUGGCUGCUGGACUGAGGCCAGUGAUUCUGCUUCUGUUUGUUCUCUGUUAUUGGCAACUCACCGCAGGCAAAGAAGGAAAAUCCACAAAGAAGGGAAAGAAAGGAAAGCAAGUCGUCUGCCCAUCCCAGCUAUCACCAGAGGAUUUGGCCCAGGUUCCUGCUAACUCUACCUCCAACAUUUUGAACCGUCUGAUGGUCAGCUAUGACCCGAGAAUACGGCCGAACUUCCAAGGAAUCCCAGUGGAGUCCAAGGUGAACAUCUUCAUCAACAGCUUUGGAUCCAUUCAGGAAACCACCAUGGACUACAGAGUGAACAUAUUCCUUCGUCAGAGAUGGAACGACCCUCGUCUACGACUUCCUACCGACUUUAAGAGCGACGCGCUAACUGUCGAUCCCAACAUGUUCCAGUGUUUGUGGAAACCGGACCUCUUCUUCGCCAACGAAAAAAACGCAAACUUUCAUGACGUCACACAGGACAACAUUCUGCUGUUCAUCUUCAGGAACGGAGACGUCCUGAUCAGCAUGAGGCUGUCGGUGACGCUGUCUUGUCCCUUGGAUCUCACACUCUUCCCAAUGGACACACAACUAUGUAAGAUGCAGCUGGAGAGCUUCGGCUACACCACCAGUGAUCUUGUGUUCAUGUGGCAGUCUGACCCCGUUCAGAUGGAUGAGAUUGCUCUUCCACAGUUUGACAUCAAACAAGAGGACAUCAAAUAUGGAAACUGCACAAAGUACUACCAAGGAACAGGAUACUACACCUGCGUUGAGGUGAUUUUUACAUUACGAAGGCAGGUUGGUUUCUACAUGAUGGGAGUUUAUGCUCCAACUCUGCUGAUUGUAGUUCUGUCCUGGUUAUCAUUCUGGAUCAAUCCUGAUGCCUCAGCUGCAAGGGUGCCACUGGGUAUUUUAUCAGUACUCUCUCUGUCCAGUGAGAGUAUGUCCUUGGCUUCAGAGCUACCAAAGGUUUCCUACGUAAAGGCCAUCGAUAUCUGGCUCAUUGCCUGUCUGCUUUUUGGGUUUUCAUCCUUAGUGGAAUAUGCCGUGGUGCAGGUGAUACUGAACAGUCCCAAACUAAUCGAGGAGGAGAAAGCCAAAAUGGCCACGAAGGAAAAAGCUUUAAAGGAGAAAGAAGGAAAAAAGCCUUCGAGUAAAACUAACAACACAGUCAACGGGACAGGUGGAACGCCCAUGCAUGUCAACACUCUGCAGGUGGUCGAAACUCGCUGUAAGAAAGUUUGCACCUCCAAGUCGGACCUUCGCUCCAAUGACUUCAGCAUCGUGGGAUCUUUACCUCGAGACUUUGAACUUUCCAACUUUGACUGCUACGGCAAACCAGUUGAAGUUACGGGAGCUCUCAAGUCCCAAAACAAAGCCAACAAGAAACCCCCGCCGCCCAAACCCGUCAUUCCUGCUGCUGCUAAACGGAUUGAUCUCUAUGCAAGAGCGCUCUUCCCCUUCUCCUUUCUCUUCUUCAACGUUGUCUACUGGUCAGUCUAUCUGUAAGAGGAAGAAUAGGGUAGUAGUAAGGUGAAAAUAAAAUGAUCUGUAUGCUGAUAACGACUGGUAGAAUCAACGUAGUUGCAAAGAUUGGUGUGGUCCUUGAGAGUAACUGUAGAUUGCCAUAUUGACAAAACUUUGUCCAUGUUAAGCAUUAAGAAGGCACUGCAUGUGUGUCUGAUAGAUGACACAGUGCUUAUUGCAAGCUAAACUAUAGUGAGGUGAAACUAAAACCUCUACGCUGUGCAUUAGAAAUAAAUGCUUUUUGCUGAGUGUGGAACUACUGGUAACACUUUAUGUUGAAGGCAUGGAAUAAUGCUAACUACUAAAUAUGACUUUUAUAUCUGCUCCCAGUUGCUUCAGAGAAUCGACAUCAAAUAAUCAGACUACAAGGUUUAUCACUAUGUCACUCAAAGAAUGUUGCUUUGAUGCUGACAGACAGCUGAUCUGAACCAGCUACUCAUAUCUGACCAUAUCUGACAAAGGGAACUAUUACUGCCGUUCCUGCUACUGCCAUUGUUGCUCAGUUAAUUGGAUCUUAAAAGGGUAGUCACUUUCAAAUGGUGUGUAAUCAGAGCUGAUGUCAUGUGAAAUCCAAUGUGAAGGGGUUAAAUUGUAUGUGUCUUUCCGAUCAAAGCAUCUGGAUCACUAAAAAAAAAAAAAAGAAAAAAAAAGGGGAAACUGGAUCUGAGACUCACUACAGUAGUAAACCAAAAGGGAAUUAAGCAGCUUUCACCCAAAACCCAUUCAUUUUAAUUGCUUGCAACAACAUCAUGCCGUUGUGCCGAGCAAAGCGCAACGAUUGCCGUGGUCAAACUUUGACUCCUGCGUGUUUUUACAUGCAACCUUGUGGCCAAUAGAAAUAUGACAUAUCGCUUGGGUGGAGAAAAAGCCGAUGCUGUGUGUGUCUGAAUUUAUCGAAUUAUAUGACACCACCUUUAGGUUGUAUUGAGACUCGGAGAGGAAGAUAGAUAGAUAGAUAGAUAGACAGAUAGAUAGAUAGAUAGAUGGAUAGAUGAUGGUCAGUUCCAUUAACAUUAAAGGUUAGUUACUCUGAAAGUAACUUGCUAAGUAAAACUAUAAACAAAAUACUUCUAAUUUUAAAUCUAUAGAAACACUAACUGUAUUAAAAGUCAAUAAACAGUAUUUAUACCUUUCGAGGCACCGUGAUUUAAAGGGAUUUUGACAAGUAGUAUGAAAACAGUUGUGGUAAACUACAUAAGGUGCACAGAUAUUCUACAAUCACAUUGGUCAUACUGUGAUUAUGAUUGAGACCAACCGACCACUCAGUGAAGAGUUCUACAGUCUGAUGGGAGACUAAGGAGUUCUUCUUUUGCUAGCCUUCAUACUAGCAAGGCUAGUUCUAAUGUUUGCUACUUAGCACCGAACAAAUACACAUUCACUGUUGAAGUCUUUGAACCCAACUGAAAGCUUCUUGCCUGAGAGGACGGUGAUGUUGCUCCUCAGGACAUUUUGAAAAGCCUUCCUAUUUUGCUCACAACUCCAAGACUCCCGAAGAGCUGUGUGAAAGCUGCUUUUUCUAUGGUGUUUUCUCUGAGUCUUAAAUACACAAAUUAUUUCUACCUGUUCUGAAUGGAAGGCAUGCAUCAUAGAGAGAAAUGAAGCUAAUGAAUUGAAUAAAUUAGAAUAUCUAGUCAUGCUUUCACACAGUUGCUUCUCUUAAUGUUGACCAUGGCCAUUGACACGAAAAGUCAAAGUAGUAGUUGUAGGACUCCUAAGUUCACUUCCAAUCAAACUUUGUCUCCCAACCAGUUUGAUCGACGGCCUAAAUAAACCACAGCUCGGAGGAUCAGUUUAACAAUCUAAGACUGAAGAAAAAACUGUUAAAAAGAUGUGCAAAGUUGACCUUUUUUCUGUUUCUUGACAUUCAACAGCAGCUUACCAAAGCAUUCUUACCACUUUAGUAACUGAUAUGAUGGAGUUUCUCUGGCAGUUGCACGGAUUAAUCAGUGUUCUUGGAUUAAUGAGCAUUUGGGCACAGAUGUAUGCUAAUCAGUACCUCUUACCAUAAAGUGUUACACAGCUUAGUCAGCUCAGUCAAUAAUACUAGAUGUUUUGUCCUCUUUAAAGCCUUCCAGCACAUAGAGAUAUAAUCCUGAUGCAGGGAUGUUCCAACUAACUGCUACAGCACCUCUGGUCUUAUACUACAGUCUGAACCUGUUGAUGCUAAACACUGUUAAGCACCAGCUAAGCUUGGCUGCUAGCUGCUGAAGCUGCUGAAUUUGCUAUGCUCUUUCUUGGAAUAUAUUGCUAUGAUUAAUAUUUCAUACUUGCCUCUCCAGCAUGGUAAAGCCUAUAGUGAAUUAUUUUCAAAGAAAAUUCAAUAAAAAGUUUCCUUUCUUAAGAA